CGGCCCAAGCCGAAGUUUUGACCCAGUUUCGUGCUAAUUUGCCCAGUGUGCGCAACCCCACCCCUGCAUGGUUGACAGCUAGGCGCUGCCAACCUGACAGAACAAAAAACAACGGCGCGACAACGAAAGUUCGCGCGAAAACGAAGACAGCGAAACGGCGCGCAAAGAACAGUCGAAAAGAGGAUCGCGAAGAGAAAACAUCGACUUCUUGUAAAUAGCAUCGGAAAUAGAGAAAGUUUGUUGUUUUUUACGGAAGUGUCGCGUGUUUAUUUGUGCCGGAAACGUAGUCCACAAAGGCUUGGGUUUUUACAGUCCGCUCAAGUCGAAGGAAGUCCACAUCGCUCAGUUUACCGUUGCCAUACGCCGCAACAUUUGGUCCAUUCGAACCGGACAGAAGACAGUGGCCUACGGAUCGGCCAGUUCGUGUAGUGAGAGUGAAGAGUGGCGGCGGACCAGCCGGAUGGUCGCCAUCUUGAAAAAAAAAUCCAAAGAAAAGUUCAGAGUCGUGACGGACUUGAACUUCCCGCGUUCCUCCAGAGCUUCCUCCAUCCCGCGAUCGUCUCGAGUGCUCCGCGUGAAAACGUGCCGUGUAUCUGUGUCCUGCAGAACGACGGAUCGGAAGACGCUGACGGAAGGUCAGCGGACCGCGUCGAGCGAAAAAAAGUGAAACGGAGGUGGCCCCCUGGCCACCGGAAGAAGAACUGAAGAGAGUGCGCUCGGCGAGAAAACGGCACGCGCCGCCAUCUUGCCGUGGAAGAAGAGUGCUCUAUCGGGAUCCGGAAAAGUGACAGUUCUAGGGCUUUCCGGAAGGUGACUCCGUGGCCUAAGAACGGCGGAAAAAGUGGCGGCAAGAGCCCGCAAAAAGUGAAGAUGUCUUCGUGAAUCUGUGUCUGUGUGUAGUGCGCGAAGCGACGCCAUUUUGUGUUCCCAAGAGUGGAAAAUUCCAAUUCGCAGUACCGCUGCGGAUUUGGCGGUCGCUCCAGCUGCACACGACAGAAGAAGAAGUGGAACGUGGCCUGCUGCAAGCGUCAGCGGGGAAGGUUCCAGAAUCCAGCUGCGUCGAGGUCACAGCACUGAAGGAAAGGGCCUGCUGCAAGCGCCAGUAGGAAGGUUCCGGAAGGUGUGGCUGCGACGAGGUAACCCGAGAAGAAGAUUGUUGCCAAAUUGUUGCGCUUAAGCAAGUGCGACACCCCGAUCAGAAGUGUUUGAUUGCAAGAGCAGAAGAACCUGACCAGUGAUUCUCGCUGCACGAGCAGAAGAGACCCAGGAGAAACUUGUGCCAGGAAGCUGCAGCUGUCGUGUCGCCACGAUCGCGACCACGGUGGAGCAACUUAAUCCCGUGAGUACUAGAACCACCUAACCAAGAAGAUGAACCCAACCGGACCGAGAACCACAAAGCGCUUGGCCAACAAGCGACGCCAGGUCAAGGGUAAGAUCCUGCUACUUCAAAGCAGACUUACUGAACUGGAGGAAGAUCACCAACUGCCAUCCAUGCCGGAGUUCCGGGUGUUCGCGAAGAACAUCGAGCGAUACUACGGUGAGUUGGAUCAAGUGCUGCAAGAUGUGAAGGAGAGUGACCUUUUCGCUGACGAACGAGACGCCCAUGACUUGGAGUGCGCAGAAAUUGAGGGGUUACUCCAAGGAGCUAACCAGCGGAUCGUAGCCCUCAGUCGCGCACUGCUGUCCCAGCCAGUCCAAGCCAAUGAACAGCAAGCUCAGCCAUUAGCAGUCUCGCAGCAGGUUGCCAUCCCAACUCCGCUUUUCACGAGCGAGGCUCGUGGUGAAGGCGAGUGUACCGGUGACGGCGAUGUUCCGGAGAGAACCGACCCAGCUGCAGCUGAUGCUAAGGUAUGUGCCCCAAUCCAACUCCUCUCGAGCCCAUCCAACGCAACCACAGAGCGUGGCGACUCGUUGUGCACGCGGUGCAACGGUUUCCACUCGUGUACCGACUGCUUUGCACCCAUCAAAGUACCGCUCGGACAGAGUCCCGAGACGAACUCCAACCUGAAAGCCAACCAAAGCAUGCCAGAAAGAUCCCUCCAACCAGAGAAACCUCCUGCAGAGCAUCAAGAGAUGAAACCACCCGCCGAACCUGAAGUGGUUCGACACGAAGCCUCGACAAAAGUUCGAGGUGACGUCGACAUGUCCGGCGAUUCGGGCGUAACUCCUACGCUGCGGUCAGAAGAGCGGAUCCACGGUGACCUCGACGUUGGCUGGUGUCAGCCAGUGGAACUUGGUUCACUGCUACCAGCCGACGCAGAACGAGAAGACGCCGAGUCCGAUGACCCGCAAGCUGUUCCAAGGCCGGAGACAGCUAGACUGUUCGACGAAGAACCCGAUAUCGCCACGAACCAGGCAGUGGAGGACGAGAAAGCUCGCUCAUUGCAGCCUACCGACGCCGACGAAGUGAACGUCGAGGAACAACCGCUUCCAAGCAGUGAACAGCCAGUUUGCACUGUACUUGCCGUCCAAGAGGACAAUGCCAAGAAGCCAAGCCACGAGAGUGAGACGUACAGCUGCCAGUUGAUCAACGCCAACGUCGCACGAUCAUCCGAUCGCAACCACAACAGUAACCGUCCAGCCAGAAAAUUCGCAGAGAAGCUCCAGCAACCAGCAGUCCUCACCAAGAGCGAGAAGCAGUUACGCCUGGUUUGGGACCCGGGUGUGUAGCCGAGCUCUGCUCCAACAAUCAACCGACCGAAGAAUACCACCAGACCUAACGUAGCAGACGCAUCCACGAACUUGAACCACAAACGAAUUCUGGCGAGACGAGAGGUGAAAGGCCGAUUCACUUCCGGUGCGUUUGACUUUAGAAGUCACGAGACUUCAACCCGGGGGGAGAAUGUUCGGCCCAAGCCGAAGUUUUGACCCAGUUUCGUGCUAAUUUGCCCAGUGUGCGCAACCCCACCCCUGCAUGGUUGACAGCUAGGCGCUGCCAACCUGACAGAACAAAAAACAACGGCGCGACAACGAAAGUUCGCGCGAAAACGAAGACAGCGAAACGGCGCGCAAAGAACAGUCGAAAAGAGGAUCGCGAAGAGAAAACAUCGACUUCUUGUAAAUAGCAUCGGAAAUAGAGAAAGUUUGUUGUUUUUUACGGAAGUGUCGCGUGUUUAUUUGUGCCGGAAACGUAGUCCACAAAGGCUUGGGUUUUUACAGUCCGCUCAAGUCGAAGGAAGUCCACAUCGCUCAGUUUACCGUUGCCAUACGCCG